AAAAAUUUGAGAGCCAGCAAAUCACCACAAUGCAGCCAUGUUACUGAAUAGAGAAACACCUCCAACAGGCCUCUUCAAAAACACCCUUACACCCGAACCGCACCCUCCCAAUACAAAUCAUCACACACACACACACACACACACACACACACACACACACUAUUUCUCGCUAAGCCCUCGAAUCCAAACACCCCUUUGCUUUCUCCGUGAUCGUUUUCCGGCGAGAUCUCCGAUACUCAGUCGGAAAAUACUUAUCGGAUCCGCCAUAUCUUUUUUGUUAUUGGAUUCACUUUGUCAUACCUAAAGAUCCGAUUAGAUGGCUCCGGUUUCAGCUCUUGCAAAAUACAAACUCGUCUUCUUAGGAGAUCAGUCCGUCGGCAAGACCAGUAUUAUCACUCGAUUCAUGUAUGAUAAAUUCGAUAAUACCUAUCAGGCCACAAUUGGAAUUGACUUCCUGUCGAAGACUAUGUACCUGGAAGAUCGUACAGUAAGAUUGCAGCUAUGGGAUACUGCAGGUCAAGAGAGAUUUAGGAGUCUCAUACCAAGCUAUAUUAGGGACUCCUCUGUUGCUGUCAUUGUGUAUGAUGUUGCAAGCAGGCAGUCCUUCUUAAACACUUCAAAGUGGAUUGAGGAGGUUCGAACUGAGAGGGGCAGUGACGUUAUUAUUGUUCUUGUUGGUAACAAGACUGAUCUUGUUGAAAAAAGCUGCUUCUGGAUUUACAUAAAAAGUUUAGGGACUUGUGUGGAAUACACCCUUCUUUUUCUGCCAGCAAAGAGUAGUUUGUGGCUUCGAGAGACCCAGCAACGUUACAUGCAAGUUUCCAUUGAGGAAGGAGAAGCGAAAGCUCGCGAACUAAAUGUGAUGUUUAUUGAAACCAGUGCAAAGGCUGGCUUCAAUAUUAAACCUCUUUUUAGGAAAAUCGCAGCAGCAUUGCCAGGAAUGGAGACCCUAUCUUCAGCCAAGCAAGAAGACAUGGUUGAUGUCAAUCUCAAGUCAAGCAACACUGGUGCAUCCCAAUCACAGGCACAAUCAGGAGGAUGUGCUUGUUAAUAUUGUGGUUUGCAGUUCUAUAGUUUUCAACUCAGUUCUUAUAUUUUGUUUCCGACAGCAAGUAUUGUCUGUAAAAAUUUGCCUUUUUUUUUUUUUUGUUUUUGCUGUUUGUUUAAAGUUGGAUACAUGAGGUUGUCAUCCUAGUUGAGUAAGACCUAGCAUGCAUCACUUAUUUGUAUCAGUCUCUAGACCUUGCAAUUUAGCAACCCCCUUAUGGAACAAGUCUUUUAAGCACAUAUUAUCAGCUGAACCAUUGCAGUUCUGUAA